AUGCAGGAGAAUGAGUCCUUGAGAGAAUUCGUGAAACGGUUUGGUCAGGUUGUGUUGCAAGUAGAGGCCUACAGCAUGGAUGCUGUCCUCCAAAUCUUCAAACAAAGCAUAUGCCCAGGUACCCCAUUUUUUGAAUCACUUGCUAAAAAGCCUCCCACGACGAUGGAUGACUUGUUCCGGCGUGCAAGCAAAUACUCAAUGCUGGAAGAUGAUGUGCAUGCAGCCACCCAACAAAUUUUGGUCAUCGAACAGACAUCCAGAAGCGACGCGAAAAGAAGUUCCAAACCUCCGAACCAGCCUAGGACGUUUGAUCGAAAGCUUCUUCCUAUGAUACAAGACCUGUCUGACUUUAGGUGGCCCGGACCCAUCAGAACGGACCCAGCCAAGAGAGAUCAUAGCAAGAAGUGUGCUUACCACAAAGAGCAUGGUCAUACUAUGGAGCAAUGUAAGAGUCUCCAUUACUUGGUAGAAAGGCUCAUAAAAGCAGGACAUUUGAAGCAAUACCUCCGCUCAAAAGCUAGGGUUAAAGAUACUUCCUGGAGCCGCGAUUCUGGGACCUUUAGGGCCCCAAUCGCCCCUAAGGCCGUCAUCAAUUACAUCCAUGAAGGACCACUGGAUGAGGAGUACAACUUCAAACGAAAGAGGUAG